GCCUGCCAGCACGGGAUUCUGUCUGGAUAAUCUGUCGCUAGAAGCCCGGAGACCCCCCCCCAAAACGCCGCCACCAUGGUUCACUUCACAGAUGCCGAAGCAAAAGCCAUCAAGACCGUCUGGGGGAAAGUUAACGUCGACACAGUCGGACCUCAGGCUCUGGCCAGGCUUCUGAUCGUGUACCCCUGGACCCAGCGCUACUUCGGCGCCUUUGGGAACCUCACCAAUGCCGCCGCCAUCCUCGGGAACGCCAAGGUGGCGCAUCACGGCAAAGUCGUGCUGGGCGCGCUGGACAAGGCGGUGCAAGACCCGGAGCACAUCACGGCGAACUACGCCAGCCUGAGCGAGCUGCACUCCACCAAACUGCAUGUGGACCCCGACAACUUCAGGGUGCUGGGCGACUGCAUCACCAUUGUCCUGGCCGCCCAGCUCGGCACCGGCUUCACCGUCGAGCUCAACGCCGCCUUCCAGAAGUUCCUGGACGUGGUCAUCGCUGCCCUGCGCAAGCAGUACCACUAGAGCCACAGACGAGACCGCGAGGGUCCAGACUCUCGCCGGAACCACAGCCGCACGGCCGAGCCGUGUCCAAAGUUAAACCCGCUGUGGGUCACCUGUGGAGCCGAACACCCGCUUGUACGAUUUAAUAAACCAAAUAAAAUAUCAAAAGCUCUA